AUGGCGUCCUCCUCCUCCCUUCCCCAAUCCUCUCCCCACUCCCUAACCCUCCGCACCCUCCGCACCCUAACCCACCUCACCCCCCUCCUCCCGCUCCUCUCCCUCUCCCUCCUCCCACGCACAAAAGCAUACACAUGGGCCUUCGAGAGGACAGCCCAACAAUGCCAGAACCUCACCAUCUCCGUCUCGGGCUCCGACGGCCGCCCGCCUUAUAGAGUGUUGAUACUCCCGUUUGGUCCGAGCCCACUGGAGGGUAACGUAGAGGUGCGGAGGAUCCUGGACGUUCCGUUCCCCGGGGAGGAAAGGGAGGUGAGCUUCCAGCUGAGGUAUCCGGAGAGCUCGCAGUUCGUCGCUGUGGUCAGCGAUGCCUCAGGCUUUGGCUCUGGUGGAACGAGCGUCGCCGCACAGGUGACAGCGUCGUCCGACAGCUCGUGUUUCGACCCAACGGUCAUGGUCUCUCCGCAAUUCGUAUUCUCGAUCGAACCCGCAAAUCAGAUCGUGCAGUGCGUGGACACACGAAUAUGGUGGGAUCCAGCGAACGUACAAGGCACACCCAACUUCCUCGGUGUCAUCCCCGGCGGGCAGUCCUUCGCCGUCCCCCAGGGACAAAUCACCACCGUCCCCUCGCAGGGCACGGGGUUCACCUGGAAGCCCUCCCUACGCGGUGGGACGACGCUCAUACUCGUAGGCGGGGACAGUAGGGGCAACGGCACGGGGGGCAGCACGCUGAAUGUUGUUAGUUCGGGGAUCCAGAACGAUGGGAGCUGUUUGUCGAAUAGCAGCCCGAGCUCGACGCCUGGGAGUCCGGCUGGGGGGAGUUAUCCGACUGGGACUGAUGGGGGGAGCUCCUCGGGCAGCGGCGGCUCUUCCAAUGUCGGGGCCAUCGUCGGCGGUGUCAUCGGCGGCCUCGCACUCAUCAUCGCAGGCAUCUGCCUCCUCUGGUUCCUCCGCCGUCGUCAAUCCGAGCAGAAGCGCGUCAAAGAACGCCCCGUCGACCUACUCAACGCAGACGACGAUGUCGGUGACGAAGCCCCGCGCAACGGCGCCGCGCGCACGAACGAGCUCCCGCAGUACUACCAGCCCGAGCCCUUCCUCGUCCCCGACCCGACGCUCCCGAGCAGCACGGAGGGCACGAGCGCGGGUGAUGAUCUGGAGAGCAGGCGCCCGCUCAGCGGGGGCACGACGAUGAGCUUCUACACGCGCACGGGGACGCCGGACCCGUCUAUCUCGGGCGUCUCGGGGUCGGGGUAUGGGUAUGGGCUGGGUGCCGCUGGAGGCGCUGGCGGUGGUGGUGGAGGGGGUGGGUCUAGCCAGGGAGAAGGCAGGAGGAAGGGGCCCCUCCGCCAGAUGCGGCCUGUGAAUAUCAUCCAGCACGACGAUGCGGGCCCGAGCUUGCCGGAUACGGGGGGGAAGGAGGACGAGGAGCCGGUGACGAUUGAGCUGCCGCCUGCGUAUACGGCUGUUGGGCGGACGCCGCAGGGUGUGGCGACGCCGCCCGCCCAGACGCAGACGCCGGCGGCGGUGGUUGAGCAGGAGGCGGUGGCGAGGGGUCAGCAGGCUGCUGGUGCGUAA